AGUUACGUUAGUCAGAGAGGCAGCCACACUGCAGUCGAGACUAGUCUCUGUUUCUGUCUAAAGAAAAUACAAACUGAGUUCAUCAGAUCUUUCUCAACAACACAGCAGAGUCUCUGUCAAACACUGAUAUGGCUGCUGCAAGCUACCUGCCAUCUGAAGAUCAGUUUCUCUGCUCCAUCUGUCUGGAUUUGUUCACUGAUCCAGUCACCACGUCAUGUGGACACAACUUCUGUAAAACCUGCAUCACUGAACACUGGGAUACAAGUGACAGGUGCCAGUGUCCCAUGUGUAAAGAGGCUUUUACCACAAGACCAGAUUUGAGGGUCAACACUUUCAUCUCUGAGAUGGUAGCUCAGUUCAGACAGUCGGCUCAACAGAAAGCCAGCAGCAGCAGCUCAGAGCAACAAGUCUUCAAACCAGGAGAAGUUCCCUGUGACGUCUGCACUGAAACCAAACUGAAGGCCCUGAAGUCCUGCCUGGUGUGUCUGACCUCCUACUGUGAGACUCACCUGGAGCCUCACCUGACAGCUUCAAGCCUGAAAAGACAUCAGCUGAUCGACCCUGUGGAGAACCUGGAAGACAGGAUGUGUCCGAAGCACGAUAAACCUCUGGAGCUGUUCUGUAAGACCGACCAGACAUGUGUCUGCAUGCUCUGCACUGUUUUAGACCACAAGAUGCAUGAUGUGGUUCCUCUGAAAGAAGGAUAUGAAGGGCAGAAAGCAGCGCUGGGAAAGAAAGAGGAUAGAAUUCAGGAAAUGAUCCAGAAGAAACAACUGAAGAUUGAGGAGAUCAAACACUCAGUGGACCUCAGUGAGAAAGAAGCAGACAGAGAGAAAGCAGAAGGAGUUCAGGUCUUCACUGCUCUGAAGGAGUCUGUUGAGAGAAACCUGAAUGAGUUCAUCCAAACAAUAGAAGGGAAGCAGAACAUGAGAAUGAAACGGGCUGAAGACUUCAUCAAAGAGCUGGAACAGGAAAUCUCUCAGCUGAAGAAGAGAAGCUCUGAGGCGGAGUAUCUCUCACGGUCUGAAGACCACCUCCAUUUUCUCCAGGGUUUCCAGUCCCUAAACAUCCAACACCCAUCACCCACCAAGGACUGGACAAAGGUCAGCAUCCCUCCAUCAUCAUAUGAAGGGACUGUGGUGAGAGCUGUGGUUCAGCUGGAGGAGACUUUCAGUAAAGAGAUGAAGAAGCUGCUUGAAGCUGAUGUGAGGAGGGUCCAGAAGUACGCAGUGGAUGUGACUCUUGAUCCUGAUACAGCACAUCCUAAACUCAUCCUGUCUGAUGAUGGAAAACAAGUCAGCGAUGGUGAUGUGAUAAAGAUUCUCCCAGAUAACCCAGAGAGGAUUUCUAAAUGUACUUGUGUUUUAGGAAAGCAAAGUUUCUCUUCAGGCAGAUUUUACUUUGAGGUUCAAGUUAAAAGAAAGACUGACUGGGAUUUAGGAGUGGCCAGAGAGUCGAUCAACAGGAAAGAAGUGAUCACACUGAGCCCUCAGGGGGGUUUCUGGACUAUAUGUCUGAGAAAUGGAAAUGAGUACAAAGCUGAUGAUGCUCCUCUAGUUCUUCUCUCUCUGAAGUCUCGGCCUCAGAAGGUGGGGGUGUUUGUGGAUUAUGAGGAGGGUCUGGUCUCCUUUUAUGACGUAGAUGCUGCAGCUCUGAUCUACUCCUUUACUGGCUGCUCCUUCACUGAGAAACUCUACCCAUACUUCUAUCCUGGUGCUAAAUGUGGCCGUAAAAACUCUGCACCUCUGAUCAUCUCUCCUGUCACCUAAUCACUCAUCUUAUUUCAUGUGUUGAUUUGUUUUCAUUCAAGGAAACAAACAUCGAUAUUUAGUCAAAACUUUAGAAUUUCCAUCUUAUUUUCUACAAGAUAAGUAUACUGUGGUGACUGAUUUACAUAUGGUUUAGAUUCUGUAUACAACACAUAAGUGGAUUCAUUAAUCUACUCAACAAUCAAAUCAUGAUCUCUUCAACACUUUAUCGUAACACAUGUGGAGAAUAUCUAUGAACGUUUGAUAAAGCUACAAGAUUUAUUUAAAAAAAAGUUGUUUCUAAUGACACAAAAUUUGUCAAGCUAGUGAGAGUUGAUAAUAACAUUAAAUGUAUUAUAAUCAAUUGUUGUAAAGCUUCAUUAAAGAGAAAGGCCUAUUACGUGCCUCUACUGUGUACUAAAUAAAAUGUGUGUAAUAGUUAAACUGCUAGAAAAACUCAAAUGAAGCUAAAUAAUAUGAUAAAUCCUCAUUUGUGUUAACAUUUGUUUGGUUAAUAACUGUUAACUUGUAUAUUUACAUGCCAGGUUUUAUAUUGAUUACUGGUAAAAUGGCUUAUGAAUCAAAGACAUCUGUAAAUAUGUGAUUGUGAGUUAAGAAAACAGUAAAAUAAACUAGAUGUUUGGUCUGAGAAAGCAGGGACUCGAGCUCUAAACACUGAACAGGAAGGCCUGGUUUACACAUCAUUUGUAUUUCAUGACACAUUUCCUGUGGCUAAUUCACAAUUAAAAAAAUAAUAAGUUGA